GUAUAAAUGCAAAAUACCAGUUAUGACGUUUCCUCCUCUACCAAUAGGCAAUUGGCAGAGCAAUAGUCACAGGCACAUGACCUCCCUCUCCGCGCAGCGAAGCACCGACUCCUUCUGAAAUUCGAAUCCGCCAUCUCAUCUCCUUCUCCAUAUCCAUCUCCAUCUCUGCGGUUUCGGACGCGUUUCCAAGAUUGAGUCCGCGUUUAGAACUUUCGCUUGCGAUUUCACCGGCGGAGGAUUUCUCUUGAUUCUGCGUUAGGGUUUGGGUUUCGAGGGCUUUUAUUUAGGCUAGGAUUUGUAUUUGUUCCCUUAUGUGUAGAUAGGAAAGGAGGAAGGCUUAGAGGAGUUGGAUUGUUUCGUGUUCUGGUUUCCUUUAAAAUCUAUCGGUCUGCUUUUUGUUGUACGCAUGUUCUCGUUGUAGCCGCUCGAAUUUAAUGAAUAUUUGGCGAACAAUUGGCAAUUAUUGACUAUCAUCGUAUUUUUCUUUUAGAAUUGUGUUUCCUUUUGUUGGUUGCUACAUUAAUUUUUUGAUUUGAGUCUCUUGUUCUUAAUCUGGAACAAAGGGACAAAGUUGCGAGACAUAUUGGUAAUUCGGUUAAGGGUGUGAAUACAUAACGGUGAUAAUUCAGAACAUACCCGUUAUUGAAAGGAAUUAAUGGGUAGUCCCGGAUCAAUUAAUCCGGCAAAUGCACCCCGACUUGGGCUAUCUGAACCAAUUUCUGUCGCUGGUCCCUCUGAGUUCGAUGUGACCAAGAACUGCGAGUUGGAAAAGUUUCUAGCAGAUGCUGGAUUGUAUGAAAGUCGGGAAGAGGCAAUAAGAAGGGAGGAAGUGCUGGGGAGAUUAGACCAGAUAGUGAAGAUAUGGGUGAAAAAUGUUAGUCGUGCUAAAGGAUUCAAUGAACAGCUGGUCCAGGAAGCAAAUGCAAAGAUUUUCACCUUUGGAUCCUACCGACUUGGUGUCCAUGGCCCUGGUGCAGAUAUAGACACGCUGUGUGUGGGACCUAGACAUGCUACUCGUGAUGAAGAUUUUUUUGGCAAGCUUCAUAGCAUGCUGGAUGAUAUGCCUGAAAUAGAAGAAUUGCACCCUGUACCAGAUGCCCAUGUUCCUGUGAUGAAAUUCAAGUUCAAUGGUGUUUCUAUAGACCUUCUUUAUGCGCAACUGGCACUCUGGGUUAUCCCUGAGGACCUGGAUAUUUCACAAGAGUCUAUUCUGCAAAAUGUCGAUGAGCAGACUGUUCGUAGUCUCAAUGGCUGCAGAGUUACUGACCAAAUUUUAUUUUUGGUCCCAAACAUUCAGAAUUUUCGCACUGCACUGAGAUGCAUGAAAUUUUGGGCAAAGCGUCGUGGAGUUUAUUCGAAUGUUGCAGGGUUUCUUGGUGGUAUAAAUUGGGCAUUGUUAGUUGCUCGCAUAUGCCAGCUAUAUCCAAAUGCAUUGCCUAGUAUGCUGGUUUCUCGGUUCUUCAGGGUGUUUACGCAGUGGCGCUGGCCUAACCCUGUCAUGCUAUGUUCCAUUGAAGAAGGAACUUUGGGACUCCCUAUUUGGGAUCCUAGAAGAAAUGUUAAAGAUCGGCACCAUUUGAUGCCUAUAAUAACUCCUGCAUAUCCUUGCAUGAACUCCAGCUACAAUGUGUCAACAAGUACAUUGCGUAUCAUGACAGAAGAGUUUCAAAGGGGAAAUGAUAUUUGUGAGGCCAUGGAGAUAAACAGGGCUGAUUGGAUUAAUCUUUUUGAGCCAUUCCUUUUCUUUGAAGCAUAUAAGAACUAUCUGCAGAUAGAUAUUACUGCCGGGAAUGAUGAUGAUUUGAGGAACUGGAAAGGCUGGGUUGAAUCUCGACUUCGUCUGCUUACUUUAAAGAUUGAGAGGGACACACGUGGUGUGCUUCAAUGCCAUCCACACCCUGGCAAUUUUUCAGACAAAUCUAGACAAUUCCAUUGCUGUUAUUUCAUGGGUUUACGACGUAAACAAGGUGCUUCUGCUCAGGAAGGUGAACAAUUUGAUUUAAGGUCAACGGUUGAGGAGUUUAAACACUCUGUUGGGAUGUACACAUCUUGGAAGCUUGGCAUGUGGAUCCAUGUAUGUCAUAUAAGACGCAAAAACAUUCCUCAUUUUGUCUUCCCUGCUGGAGUCCGGCCUUCUCAUCCUGUGAAAGUAGCUGUGGAGGGUGGGUCAGUUUUGAAACCGAAGGUGGUUAGUGCUGUUCAGGUGGAUGGUGCUGCUGUUGAUGGAAAGAAGAGAAAGAGAGAUGAAGUUAAUGCUGUAAAAGAAUCUGUGCAUAUGUCAUCAGACGUUAUGGAUCCAGAUUUUCUUGGGGGACCUAGAACUAGAGAACAAUGUGAAUCUAAUGCAGAUGACAGGGCAUCAAGGUAUCAUGCAAAAUCUUCAUGCCGUCGUGAGGAGGUUGAAGAAUUUGUUAGAUGCAGCCCAGCUAUUGGCUCUUUUUGUAGUGAUGGUUCAACAAGCUCAGAAGAGGCAAAAAACCCUGUUGGGAACUCUUCUGGCACAUUGGCAGGUCAUGAAAGCUGCUUGAAAGGACCUGAUGAGCUUGGAGAUAAAGAAGGCUUGAUUGAUCAAGCACAAGAUCUUGGUGUCAGCUUGGAAGUCAGCCCCGUGCUGUCCCCACCAGCAAAGCUUGGAGCUGCUGCUACAACAAAAGUUGGUUCUUGCUCUAAUAUCUUCCAGAAUGGGGAUCUGGAGGAGCUUGAGCCUGCUGAUCUGACCACACCGAUAAGUGAUAGAGCACUUCCUUCUGCAUCGAUGAUCCCACGGAAGCCGCUUAUCAGGUUGAACUUUACUUCUUUGGUGAAGGCAAGUGGACAGAGUACUCGAUGAUGAUGAAGAGAUGAGGGCUUGUGCUGAACUCGUAAUCAUAUCCACUACCUGUAAAUUCAUCUUUAUUUUUUUUCGUCUUUUCAAAAUUUCCUCUUUGCCUGCAUGCGGAGGCUUAUAUGAGGGGUCUGCUAAGGAUUUUUUGUAACUUAAAACAGAGCUGUGGACCCAAUAAAUGCGAAGAACUUCCCAUUUUCUUGUAUGUAGAAAAGCUACCUCUGCAAAAUUUCCCCCCUUUCUCAUAUUUUGGAAGGAAUAACAUAUUUCGUAGCGAGUGCAUUCAA